GAGCGCUCUCGUCUAAUACUGUCCCAGGCAAACAAUGAUUAACUGAAGCUGCUCAGAGUCAAACUUUGUCCUUUUGUUUACCCAUGAUUCCUAGUUUUGAGCUGUGGCUGGCUGUUCAAAGCAGAAGACGUAGCUGUGGAGGGGCGCAUCAGAUUAUGGACACUGAGUCUUCCUCUCUGAGAGUCGGAGUUGUGGGAUAUGGACACCUAGGGCAGUUCCUAGUGGACAAACUCCUCAAAGCUGGACCCGGUCUUGGCUUGGUUCUGGGUUUUGUCUGGAACAGGAAUCCAGACAAGCUCCAGGGUUCGGUCCCCGCUGAACUAAUACUUGAUGACCUGUCGUCCUUUGCAAACAGGCGGUGUGACGUGAUCGUUGAGGUGUGCCAUCCACAGAUCGUGAGAGAUUUUGGACUCGAAUUUCUCUCUAAGUCCCACCUCAUGGUGGGCUCUCCGUCUGCCCUCUCUGAUCCCGAUCUGAACCAGAAGCUGCGGCAGGUGUCUCUACAGCACGGUCGGACGCUUUAUAUCCCCAGCGGGGCCUUAUGGGGAGGCCAGGACAUCCAAAGAAUGAACAACAGUGGGACAUUAAAGGCUUUGUUCAUAAGGAUGUCCAAGCAUCCGUCGUGCUUUCGACUGACCGGCGACGUCCUCGGUGACUGGACGGAAGGGGAGGGCAGACGGGUUUUGUUCAGAGGCUCGGUGGCCGACUUGUGUCCUCUCGCUCCCAACAACGUCAACACCAUGGCGGCGGCGGCCGUGGCCGCAGGAACGCUCGGCUUCACGGGCGUCCAGGGAGAGAUCGUGUCAGACACGGCGCUGAGAGACUUUCAUGUGGUGGAGGUGGAGGUGACUGGGCCUGACGGUUUCUCGGUGCACACAGUGAGGAGGAAUCCAGCCAAACUCGGGGCUGUGACUGGCAGUGCAACAUACAACUCCUUCUGGAACAGCUUGCUCAUUUGCAGAGGUCACGGCGGCACGGUUUACUUGUGCUGAAAGUGGAAGAAGACCAUGGAGGGUUACCUGCAAUGUAGGCGGAAGAUCCCGAGCCAAAUCCCAGAUAAAUUAAAGAGCUCAGGAUGGAUACGCGGUAUGCGUGCGUGCACGGCGGAGCUCUACUCUGCACUGUAUACUUGCCGGCCUUUGGACGCGUUUCAAUAUACUGUAUGCUCGGAAUAAAAACAAGAGACACAAAUCA